CAGCUACUGAAUGUACAUGAGUCAUCCAUAUGUCAGACCUUGUGUUCGCACGCGAGAUCGUCGUACAUAUAGCUGCCUGCGUACAAACGCGAUAGGAACUGCGUGCCUCGCCAUCUCUCCUCCCGGAGCAUAUCCGAUCCACCUGCAAAUUAACAUGUCACUGAUCGUCGUCGCAGCCGUCGCGUUUUGCUUGGCUCCAUGUCUCGUGGCAGCGGCGGACACCGUGUCGGCGCGGCGGCCGCUGCGGGGCAACGACACGGUGGUCUCGGCGCAGGGCAAGUUCGAGGCCGGCCUCUUCAGUCCUGGCAGCUCCGGCCGGUUCUACCUUGGUAUCUGGUACAAGAACAUCCCCGUCCACACAGUCAUCUGGGUCGGCAACCGCGCGAGCCCACUGUCCAACGCCACAUCCGCCGAGCUCCGGGUAUCCCCUGACGACGGCAACCUCGAGCUCGUCGGCUUCACUGCAGACGGCUCGGCCGCGCCGGGCGUCGUGUGGUCGUCAAAUCUGUCUCUGUCGUCUCCGGGGUCCAGCAACAACACCGCGGAGAUCCGCGACAACGGCAACCUGGUUCUCCUCGACGGCGGCAACUCCUCCAACGUGCUCUGGCAGAGCUUCGACCACCCGACGGACACGCUGGUGCCGGAAGCGUGGCUUGGGGAGGACAAGCUCACCGGCGUGUACCAGAGGAUGACGUCGUGGCGGAACGCCGAGGACCCGGCGCCGGGACUGUUCAGCAACACGAUUGACACCAACGGCACCAGCGAGUUCUUCUACUUCUGGAACGGGUCCCGCAUGUACUGGCGGAGCGGCGUCUGGACGGGCCGCGUGUUCGCUCUGCUGCCGGAGGCGGUGAACAACGUGCUCUUCAACCAGACCUACGUGGAGACGCCGGCGCACCGGCGGCUCAGCUGGGCGCUCUACGACAACGCCACCAUCACGCGCCAGGUCAUGGACAACACGGGCCAGGCCAAGCAGUACAUCUGGGUGCCCGCCAGCCAGAGCUGGCAGUUCUUCUGGGCCGCGCCCACCGUGCAGUGCGACGUGUACGCCGUCUGCGGCGCCCUGGGCGUCUGCGACCAGAGGAGCCAGCCGUCCUGCCGCUGCCCGCCCGGGCUCGAGCCGGCGUCGGAGAAUGACUGGAGGCUCAGCGACUGGACCGGCGGGUGCCGCCGGAGCUCGCCGCUCGUGUGCGCGCGCAACGGGUCGACCACGGACGGGUUCCAGGCGCUGACGAAUGUUAAGCUUCCCGACGACCCGCUCGCCCUGGACCACGCCAAGAGCAAAGCAGAGUGCGAGUCGGCUUGUCUAAACAACUGCUCUUGCCAAGCUUACACCUUCUCCGACGGCGGCGGGUGCGCCGUCUGGCACGGCGAGUUCCGCAACCUCCAGCAGCUGUACGCGGACUCCACGGCCUCGGGUUCAGAGCUGCAUCUCCGGCUUUCAGAAUCAGGACUGCGAGAUUUGAGCAGAGGAAGCAAGAAGAAAGGGGGAGUAGAAUGGCCUGUUGUUCUUGGCAUCGUGUUGGCCUGUGUGGCAGCAUUGGUCGCAUCGGCGCUGCUAGCCUGGGUUCUUCUUUCCAGGAGGAGACGAAGACUGCGCAACAUGGCCAACGAGAAGGGCUCCUCCUUGGCCGUGUACAGCUACGGCGACCUCCGCGCCGCCACCAAAAACUUCUCGGAGCGGCUGGGCGGGGGAGGCUUCGGCUCCGUGUACCGCGGCGUCCUCAAGGACGGAGAGGGAAACAGCACCGAGGUGGCGGUGAAGAAGCUGGAAGGUCUCCGGCAGGGAGACAAGCAGUUCCGGGCGGAGGUGAACACGCUUGGGCGCAUCCAGCAUGUCAACCUCGUCCGGCUCCUCGGAUUCUGCUCGUCGGGCGACGACAAGCUUCUGCUGGUCUACGAGUACAUGCCCAACGGCUCCCUGGAAGGCUACCUCUUCAAGGCAGGCAGCUCAUGCCCGAGCUGGCGCGACCGCUACGGCAUCAUGCUGGGCGUGGCCAGAGGGCUGGCGUACCUGCACGACGGCUGCCGGGAGCGCAUCAUACACUGCGACGUGAAGCCGGAGAACAUACUGCUGGACAAGGACCUGUGCGCCAAGAUCGCCGACUUCGGGAUGGCGAAGCUGGUGGGGAGGGACUUCAGCCGGGCGCUGACCACGAUGCGGGGCACCGUCGGGUACCUGGCGCCGGAGUGGAUCUCCGGGCUGCCCAUCAGCGCCAAGGCGGACGUGUACAGCUUCGGGAUGGUGCUCUUCGAGCUCAUCUCGGGCCGGCGCAACGCCGACCUCCAGGGUGAGGGCGCCGGGCAAAGCAGUUCAUCCGGCGCCGCUGGCGGCGAGGAGGAGGAGGACAGCAAUGGGGGCAGCGACGCUGACGCAGGGCGGCGCGUGCUGAUGUUCUUCCCGGUGUGGGCGGCGGGGAAGGUGGCCGAGGGGGAAGUGGGCGCCGUGGCGGACCCGCGGCUUCGCGGCGACGUGAGCGAGGAGCAGCUGGAGCGGGCGUGCAGGACGGCGUGCUGGUGCAUCCAGGACCAGGAGGAGCACCGGCCUACCAUGGCGCAGGUCGUGCAGGCGCUGGAGGGCGUCAUCCCCGUCCACAUGCCGCCGAUGCCACGGGCGCUGCAGAACCUGGUGUAAUGCGUGGCAAAUGCUCAUACAAAUCAUCUUUGAGAUAACUAAGUACGAGUAGUAGAAAUGUAGUAGUACUCCGCGGAAAAUAGAAGAUUUGUAGGAAAAAAACUGUGCUUCUUCUCCGUAACAAAUUUUCCGUAAAUUUACAAGUAGCAAACAUAUGGACGCGUUAUACUAGUACGCACAUAGUGUGAGUGUGAGGUCUACAUAUAUGAACUGACGAACAAAUACAGAAUUCAGUUAUUCGGCAGUAGAACACCAGAUCGAAUCCUAUUGUUACUUGAUUACUUACCUUACCUUUGAGUAUAAGUGUAUAACUUGAGGAUUCGGCUA